AAACAUUUGUCUAUAAAUGGCAUCAUGCAAAAGAAUAAAUUAUAACCCGACACAAAGAUAAGCUCUUAAGAAUCAACUCUAUCUAGAGCUUCAAUGGCUUCUCUUAAGUUUGCUCCACUGGCUUUCGUUUUGCUGGCUGCAUUUUUGAUGUUCCAGGUGAAGAAGGUAGAAUCCGGAUAUUGUAGUCCUGUAACAUGUUACACCGACAGGAGUGGAGAUUGUCAAUUUGGUUGCGUCUGUUAUCCCUCUUUUUUUGGAUAUGUGGGUUCUUGUCAGCCUUAUGUAUCAGUUGAAAAGAUGGUUGAUGAUCAUCCUAAUUUAUGUCAGUCCCAUGAUGACUGCACUAAGAAAGGAACCGGAAGCUUUUGCGCUCGUUAUCCUGAUUCUAAUAUGGAAUAUGGAAGGUGUUUUUCCUCUAAGUUUCAGGCAGAAGUCUUCUUUGUCAAGAUGAUAUCUAACUCUCAAUUCAAAAAAGACUUGUUGAAGAUGUCUGUGUCUGCAUCAUAUUGAUAUAAGAAAAAACUACCUUGUAUCAUGUAGCAUAUGAUGCAUCUACUGCUUUAAAUAAACAAUUGGAUUUCUUAAAUAUCCAUUUGAAUUUCAAUAAAUGAUGUGUGUGUAUUGGUGUGACAAUUAUGUAUAUUGUUGAUUUGCAUAUAAAAUUUAUGAGUAAAUUCAUGCA